CCAAAAGUGUGUCCUUGUUUAUUAUAUAAAUGCCGCAAUUGCAAACCCAAGACUCUGCACUCUCUAAGACAGAGCCUAACAAACAGCAUGGAGUGGACUAGAGGCUUCAUCAUAGGACGUGGCUCAUCAGCCACCGUCUACACUGCCACCUCCGCCCACUCCUCCACCGUUGCCGCUGUCAAGACUGCAGAGUUAUCCCCGUCAAACUUAGAAAAGUUGCAGAGAGAACAGAGGAUUCUGUCUUCUCUGUUUUCUCCCCACGUAGUUGCCUACAAAGGUUGUGACACUACAGAGGAAAACAACACCCUGUGGUUCAACCUCUUCAUGGAGUACAUGCCCUUUGGAACUCUCUCUCAGGAAAUUCGCCGGCACGGUGGUCGGCUCAGCGAACCGACCAUCGUGAACUACGUUCGACAAGUCCUGCAGGGGCUGGAGUACUUGCACAAUAAGGGUGUUGUGCAUUGUGAUAUUAAAGGUAGCAACAUUUUGAUUGGGGAAGAUGGGGCCAAGAUUGGUGAUUUUGGGUGUGCUAAAUUGUGGAAUGAGUCUCCGGUGGCGGCGAUCGGCGGCACGCCAAUGUUCAUGGCCCCAGAGGUGGCGCGUGGGGAGGAGCAAGGGUACCCUGCUGAUGUAUGGGCGCUUGGGUGCACUGUGGUUGAAAUGGCCACUGGGUUUGCGCCGUGGCCUAAUUUAGAAGACCCUGUCACUGUGUUGUACCGCGUUGCAUAUUCCAAUGAAGUUCCUGAGAUUCCAAGUUUUCUGUCUGAAGAAGCAAAGGAUUUCUUGGGGAAGUGUUUGAGGAGGAAUCCUAAAGAGAGGUGGAACUGUAGUCAGCUUCUGAAGCAUCCGUUUAUUGGGGAAUUCAAUUCCAACGACAAGGAAAUUCAGCAAUCUAAUUCAUGUUCUCCAACAAGUAUUCUUGAGCAGAGCUUUUGGAAUUCUGUGGAAGAGGCAGAGUGUGUCUCUGACCCUGGCAAUGUGAUUCAAAUUAAAAGCUCAGAUGAGUCUCCCAAGGGUAGGAUCAGAAGGCUAGCUUUGUGUUCGGGGGAUCCAAUUUGGGAAUUGGAUGAUGAAAAUUGGAUCACAACGAGGGGAAGCGAAGCAGGGGCUUCAAGUUGUGAAGGGUUGGAUUUGGAUGUUGUUAAUAUUAGAAUUAGUGAUUAUUUUUGUGAUGAUUAUUAUAAAUGUAGUGAUGUUAGUGUUGAAGUUGGUAGUUUGAAUUUUGAGGGAGGCGUUGAUGAGAUGGUUAUCCCUUCAACAUAUGAGUUUUUAUAAUUGAACAAUUGGAGAACUUUUUUUAUUUUCCCAAUCA